ACCUCGUUGUCGUGCUCUCUUCUUUCUCUCUCUCACAACAAUAACUCAUCUCUUCAGAGACCUCUGAUUGGGCCACUCCAAGAGAGACUCCACGCCGCCACUGAUAAUGCCUCCCAAGCUCGCUGUCGUCAUCGCCGACGACGACCUUCCCUCUUCGCUCGGCCAGCUUGCCGCCUCCCUCUGUGAUUCUAACUUUGCACUAACCUCCUCCGGCAAGCCUCUCAGUUCCGUUGCCAACCACUCCUCCACCGUUGCCAGCAAGGUCAAGAAGGCCUUCGGCCUGGAAUCGCCAGGUUUGGCCUCCAGAAAGAGACCUGAAUCUGCUUCGAGCCAAGGAAAGCCGAAACUGCCUCUCAUCGUCGGCAAACUCAUGCGCAACCAGAUGAAGGUUUCCGAAGCCAUGGAUUCGCACGUGCGACGCGUGCUGCUCAGGAUUUCCGCUGGCCAGGUCGUUAACACUCUUCGCUUAAACCACUCCUCACAUUUUUUCGCACGUGCCGCAAUGCAUGUUGCGAGGGAUGCUUGAUCUCGCUCUGCGAGCUUUUUUUCUUUCAGUUUUAUAGUUCUACUGUUUCAUAUUUUGUUUUUAUUGAUGGCUUCAUAUCCUAAUGUGGAUUUAAUUUCAUUUUAAUUCUUGUCAGGGAAUACCAUCUAUUAGUAAAACACUGGAGGAUUUUUUAUUAAUAGGUUACUACACUCUGUAAGAAUCUGACUACUUGGUUGCCAUGGGAUUAUGGUAGGACCACCAUAUGUGGAGAACAUGGAAAAGAUUUUGAGGACUCUUUUGGCAAAAGAAAAGGUGGACAACGAACUUGAGUUUAAGGAACUUGCAACUAUGACAGAAGGAUAUACUGGAAGUGAUCUAAAGAACUUGUGCACAAUUGCUGCUUAUCGACCUGUUAGAGAGCUAAUUCAGCAAGAGAGGCUAAAGAGUCUGGUGUGUAGAAGCAAGUUUCAUGAUGAUCAAUCAAGUUGAUUCAAGUAGUUUUGAUGAAGACAAAGAUGAUGACAAAAAGUCCAAAGAAUGAUUUCAAGAUUGAGUCAACAAGUUCAAGA